UUUUUUAUAAGAUUGAUCGGGUGGUAAACAGUCCCACCUGAACAUUCAACAGCUAAGGAUGUGGCCAAUUGCUUUGUGUUUAAUUUUAUUGUUGGUCAAUACCAUCGAUUCAAGGGCAAUUGCCGAUGAUGGUGAUGAUGAUGGCAGCGUUCAGGCAGCGAGUUAUUAUUUAUACACCCCACUAAAUACCAAUUUGCCACACCAACUAAUUAUCAAUGAUGUGAAAUCGGUGCAAGAAUCCAAUUUCAAUCCGAAACUACCAACCAAAAUCAUUAUACAUGGCUGGACUAUGUCAUAUCAGAAGAUUCCCAAUAAUGAGCUACGAACCGCCUACCAAUCUCGUGGUGAUUACAAUAUCAUUUCCAUAGACUGGUCGGCAAUCGCUGCUCUAAACUAUAUCGAAGCCAAGAUCAAGGCCCCCCGUGUUGGAGCAAGUUGUGCUUCCUUUGUACAAUUUAUGGUCAAUGAGUUUGGUCUAGAUGUCUCCAAUUUGGUGGUAAUUGGUCACAGCAUGGGUGCCCAUAUUGCAGGAUUCUGUGGCAAAGAUCUCAAAACGAUUAGCAAUGGCCAAUUGAAACUUGGCCAUAUUGUGGCCCUGGAUCCAGCAUUUCCGUUGUACUUGUAUGACGUUACAGAUGGACGUCUUCAUGAGGAUGAUGCCAAAAAUGUGAUAUGCUUGCACACAAAUGGCCUGUUCAAGGGUCAAUUGGCAGUAAUGGGCCAUACGGAUUACUAUGCAAACGGCGGUCGUAAGCAACCGGGUUGUGGAUUGGAUCUUGAUGGCGGUUGUGCCCAUGCUAGGGCCGUUCAUUUCUUUGCCGAGGCCAUCAGACAAGUCUCAAGCUUUGCUCCUUAUGCCGAGUGCGCCAAUUACUCCGACUUCCUCUUGAACAAUGGUAAAUGUGAUGGCCUGACCUUUGGCGUAGAGCUGGACGAUCCUUUGGAUGUGAUUAACUUGCCAGGCAUUUAUACCUUCACAACGAAGGAGGCGAGUCCAUAUGGUCAGCUCUUGUGAAGGACAACUUUCUUUUCUAAAACUAAAAAAAAAAUGCUAAUUGUAAAAGUAGCAUAACAAAAAAUAAAUAAACAAAUUACUUAUAUAAAUUGCAGUACAAAA